AUGGCUUCACAUUGCAAAAACAAGUUUUUCCUAACAAUUCUCACUGUGGCUAGUUUGACAUGGACAGUGACGUCAAUGCAACGAAUAAGGAGCUGUUAUAGCCCCGUAAAAGGUUACAUUUUUUGUUCAUUUACCAUACAUGAUCAGUGGAACUUUGUGUACUUUAGAUCGUGGCUGGAUUCCUUAAAAAGUCCGGUAAAGCAUGUUGAGCUGAACCUCCAAUGCCUUGGUAGCGGCUCCGUUUACCUUCCGUGGCCUAUGAGAGCUCGUGGUCUUAAAAAGUUUCAUAUGAAGAAUUGUAACAUUAAAGGAUACUUUUCCGAAUAUAAUAAAGACCCAAUAUAUCCGGAUACCCUUACUGAUAUUUCAAUGAUUGACUGCACCAUAGAAACUGAUGUUAAUUCAAACAUUCAAAGGACUCUGCUUACCCGGGUAUCAAAAUCCUACAACUGUGGCCAGCAGACGGUCAGGAGUCACGUGAUGAGGAAUAUUUCGUUUUCCUUUCUACCUACCUCGUCCCCUCCUCCCCUUAAAGAUCUAGACAGAGCGUUCUCAGCUAUGCGUCGACAGUCGAGGAAUCGUGAAAAUGCUUGUAAUUACCACAGCUUAUUCCAUAUGGAAGAAUCACAGAGUGACAGUGUUUCUUCCAUUCAUUUUGACGUUAUGACAGAUAUUUCAGAUUAUCCAAACCUGAAGACAUUCAAUUUUUCUUCAAAUCUUUUGACUCAUUUGCCGAGGCACCUUAAGCAAUGGCACAAACAUUUUCCAGCCUUAGAAAUUCUCGAUUUGUCAAAAAACCUUCUUCGAAAUUUUGCUUUCGAGAAGCCAGGUGUAUCUGGGCGUCGAAAAAUAAUUUUUGUAAAUCUACAGCAUAACAGAAUAACUGAUGUACCUAGAAAUAUAGCUUCUUACAUCGAUGGACAAGUUCCUGUGAUUAUUGAUUUAAGAAAUAAUCCGAUAAAAUGUACUUACAAUACGUUUGAACUUGUGAAAUAUCUCAACAAAAUGAAAGAAAUGUUCCCCGUUUUAAGUUUUAUGGCAGACAUCAAGUGCACAUUAUCCACUAUAUCAAAGAAAUCAAAACCACUGCAAAAUCGCAAUGAUAAAGUAUCCGAAAAUGAAAAUUCCAGUAGAUCAAAAUUUCUCCAACUGUUUAAUUUGUUUGGUUUUAAGUGAAAAAAAUAGUAUUCUGAUGACAGAUUUAAAAUUUGCAGCACCUGUAGUGGUAACAUAUGUCAUAAUAUAACUUAUUUUUUUUUUUUUAUUUAAAUGAAUUCUAUUUGUUGACUAUUGUGUGUA